AUGGAGAACAAUAAAGAUCGAGAGGAGGAAGAAGUUGAUCAGCCUGUGCUAGUUGAAGAGCCUCUUGACCUUAUCAGACUAAGUCUGGAUGAAAAAAUCUAUGUAAAGAUGAAACGUAACAGGGAAUUGCGUGGUGUUUUGCACGCUUUUGACUCUCAUUUGAAUAUGAUUUUGGGAAAUGUUGAAGAGACAGUAACAACACUGGAGAUUGAUGAGGAGACAUAUGAAGAAGUUUAUAAGACAACAAAGCGUACAAUACCCAUGCUUUUCAUUCGAGGAGAUGGUGUUAUUCUUGUCUCACCACCCCAAAAAGAAUAA